AAAAAAAGGAGAGAAAAUUAAGAAGUGCAUGGUAUAAUAGUUGUGGUUUAUGGAAUGAAAGCGCAGGUGGACGGCCACUUAUGAAAGUUACGUCAACAUAUCAACCACUUAUCUAAAGAAACACCAACGCCACCUUUAUAAUGCUUUCCAUCAACAUUGAAAUAGCCAUCUUCUCCUAUCACCCCACCCCACCCCACCCCCAUAUAAUUAAUAUAUAUAUAGCAGCACCACACACGCCAUACAUCACAGUCGCCGUGUGAGUGAGUCAAGAAAUGAUGGAGAAAGAAGAUUCGACGAUGAGAAAGGGUCCAUGGACGGAAGAAGAGGACGCUCAGUUGGUGUUCUACGUGAACUUGUUUGGCGACCGGCGCUGGGACUUCAUAGCUAAAGUAUCAGGUCUGAAGAGAACCGGCAAGAGCUGCCGCCUCCGCUGGGUCAACUACCUCCACCCGGGCCUCAAGAGGGGCAAAAUGACCCCCCACGAGGAGCGUCUCGUUCUCCAACUCCACUCCAAAUGGGGAAACAGAUGGUCGAGAAUCGCCCGGAAAAUACCCGGGCGCACCGACAACGAGAUCAAGAACUACUGGAGAACCCACAUGAGGAAGAAGGCGCAGGAUCAGAAGAAGAAGAGUAUUGCUCAAUCCUCGUCGUCGUCGUCCUCCUCCUCCUCCACCAAGGGCCCCAGCUUCUACGACACCGGCGGAGACAACAAAAGCAAGACGGGUGCAGAGGAAGUGUACUCCAUGGACGAGAUAUGGAAGGACAUAGAGCUGUGUGAAGAGAGCAGCAGCUUCACUCCUCUAGCGUGGGACUUCCCCACAGAUGAUUCUCUCUGGGCCGUUGAUGAGGAAGAGCCCAAGAUGCUCAUCGCUCACCAAUACGAUUCUUUCCCUUUUGACAAUCACAUGACUGGCUAACUUUCAUUCAUUUUAAGCUAUAAAUAUUAAUUAAGCAUUUGUUCUAGGUGUCUUUUCUAAGGUAUAAGCUGGCAGGUGCUAACUUUUUGUAUAGGUUUAGCUAGGGAUCCAGCACUUAAUUUCAUGCUACUUCUACUUCUUCCUUGUCUCUCUGCACUGUUUGUCGUGUCGUUAUGAUUAUGAUGUCGAUAAUCUUAUAUAAGUAUCCCUUUGGUUUCACUAUUUCUAAUAGUAUAGACUAUAGAAUGAGCGAGCGAGAUGUAAUAAGCACCAUUUGUACCAAUCUAUGUAGCUUGUAACAUAUAGUGCAUCAAGAAAUGUUAUAAAUAUGCUCCAUGUCUUGUUAA